GAUUCGACUGAUUCAUUUUGUAAAUUUUAAAUAAUUCAUUUGCUUUUUAAAACGCAUGUUAAUUUGCAUUUAAGUUGUUAAUUUACAAAUUUAAAAAGUGUAAUUUUAAAAUUUAAUGGGAAAUAUACUUAAUACAGCACGUCCGAAUCCAACAAAUAUUGCAAUGGCAUCUAAGUUUGUGAGCGAAACUAUUGCUAGCAAUAAAGUUGUUAUUUUCUCAAAAAGCUACUGCCCAUACUGUACCAUGGCAAAGGAGCAAUUCCAAAAGUUACAACAAGAAUUCACCGCAAUUGAAUUGGACAAACGUGACGAUGGCGGAGACGUUCAAGCUGCAUUGGGUGAAAUUACUGGAGCCACAACGGUGCCUCGCGUCUUUGUCAACGGCAAUUUCAUUGGCGGCGGAACUGAUGUGAAAAAAUUGAAUCAAACCGGAGAAUUGAAAAAACUUUUGGAAUAAAUAUGAACAUUUUAAAUCUAAUCAAACA